CCAGAAAUCCCUAUACACCGUGAACGGACACGCAACAGUAUGUAUGGUUUUACUUCUUCAAAAUAUAUGUAGUUUAAAUUUAGUGAAAAGUAAAACUUUGAAUAAAAUAAUCUAUUAAAUAAUGUCUGGUAAACAAGGCAAAGAUUUAGCACUGUCAAUGUUACGCACAUUGCCAAGAGUGUGUUUAGGUAAUAUCCGAGAUAAUCCUGGUUCAAAGAAACCUUCAAAGCGAGGUAGAGGACAACAUGGUGGAAACAAACAUGGAUGUGGUAAUAAAGGUUCAGGUCAAAGACAAAAUUUUAUGCGUCUUGGAUACGAAACUGGAAACACUCCAUUUUACCUUAGAUUUAGUCGUGAACCAUAUUACAAAGGGCAUCAUUUAAGAAGAGAAUAUCCUCCACUUUCUUUACAACAACUGCAACUAUAUAUAGACACAAACAGAUUAGAUUCAUCUAAACCUAUUGAUUUUGUAUCAAUAAUCAACACAGGAUUGUAUGAUUUUAAAAUGGAAUGGAAACAUGCAGGUGUUCAUCUUACGGAUGAGGGAGCUGAUAAUUUUAAAACAAAAGUGAAUAUAGAAGUUCAGUGGGCCAGUGAACAUGUAAUUGCAGCGAUAGAAAAAAAUGGUGGCACUAUUACCACUGCAUAUUAUGACACUAGGUGCUUAUUCGCAUUAAGCGAUGUAGACAGAUUUUUCACUACUGGAGAACCAAUACCUCGCAGACUGUUUCCACCAACAGACUGCUUAGAAUAUUAUAUGAGUGCAGCAACACGAGGAUAUUUAGCAGAUCCUGAAGAGAUUUCUAAAGAACGAUUAGUUUUAGCUCAGAAAUAUGGUUAUGAGUUACCAAAAAUUGAAGACAAUCCAGAUUAUGAAAUGCUUAUGCAGCGUAAAGAUCCUAGACAAUUGUUUUAUGGCCUUGAACCUGGUUGGGUGAUUAGUCUUAAAGAUAAAGCGAUUCUUAAACCGAAAGCAGAAUAUCUAAAGGAAUUUUACACAAGUUGAAUUAUUUGUACGAUAUUAAUUAAUAAAUAAAUAAGUUAGUGUGAAAAUAGUGUAUAAAAUCAAACGGGUUAAAAUUUUUCUUUAGUACUAAGAUUAUAAACAAACAAAGAAGAAAGUUAAAAAGUAGAUUGCGACAAACGAGAAACGAAAAGUGAAAAUAAACUACAUAUAUAAUACCGUUGUAGAACUUUGGAAAUAAAAAAUCAAGCGCGAUCAUAAUUAUACAUCGUUUUAAAUAUUGAAAUUCAAUAAAUGCAUAUUUACUAAAGUAUAA